CGCUUACGCUACCGCCGUCAUGAACCGUACUUGACAGCACUCCUUCCAGGGCCCUCUUCGCUGGUGAGUCGGGUCUGCAGUGCUAUGAGGCGAUAGGAAAGCUCUUAGCGAGCCCCGGCUUCCUCGCGCCCGACGGACUCGUGGCCUUGGAAAUCGGGCAUACGCAAGCUCAGCCAGUGCGAGACAUCCUCGCGUCCGCAGGCUUGAGGGAGAUAGAGAUAUGGCAGGACCCGUGGGGCAAGGACCGGACGGUCGUAGCGCGCGGCGAUGGUGCCGGGGGCGGCGAGGGCGGCGCUUAAGAACGUCGGCCACUGGUCGGGCGACGAUAUACCUCCGCAAAAGGCACGUUUUCCCGCCCUCCGGCAUUGCGCAACCUUUCGCCCGCCGCCGCACCCUUGCCCUACGGGAGCUAUCGUCCCGCCGGUAUCGAGAAUAUUCUCCUGGUCAAUAUACUUCCACGUUAUCUCCUGUCAGCGAGCGCAAAUUCAGUGUCCUCCCCCUGAACGAUUACGCCCUCAGCACGGGAUCGCUGAGCUAACGAACGACGAUGGAUCAAGUCCUCACGCCCUCUUCGACCCAUUGCGCGCUAGUUAUGCGCCUCUGUGUCUCGCAGCGUUCUUGUUCCUCGCUACCGGACACUCAUCUUUACGGCUCGCCAAUUCGUCCAUAUCACGGCACAUGCCGAGGCGAGCAGUACAGUCAAGUGAUCUGAGAGUCGCACCUGCAUUCCCCGCUCAUCACUCUAGGCCUUCCCGCCUCCCCGCCUGGGCCCACGGUUCGCCAUUGGCCAAUACCUGCGCGUACAAUCUCUGCAUACAAUAGAAAUUUACAUCUGCCGCCCGCAAUGCAUACC